AAGACGCAACUCGCUUCAGUCUCCACCAGUUGCGGUUGAAAACGAACGUAUAAAAUGUGUAAUGUGUGCACUCGCGAUUCGCCCAUUGAGGCACCGGUUAAACAAAGCCAACCGAAUAGAACCCUGGAAAGGAUGAAGAGGAAGCACAAAAUUAUUACUAACCCCGCCGAUGAGGAGAAGCAGAAGGAGGUGGCGUAUCAGCCCGAUUUGCUGGCCGUUUCCACCCAAUUGACGAAAGUCGUGUACGAUACAGCGAAAGACCUGAUGGUGCGUCUUCAGGAGACUAAGGCAUAUGUCAUUGCAACAAAGACAUCACAGCCGUUCCACGUUGCGCUGGCUAUCUUCGUAGUUGGCGUGUGGUUAAGUCGUCCUGGUACCAGUAGUAACUUGAGAGGUUGGAAGGCUCUCUAUGUAGGCGCUGUCGCCAUACAUUUAGGUGCCCAGAUCUGGAUGACUUUAGUCUCUGGAAUCGUGCUCUACUUCUCUCUCCCACGUCAUGAGUUUGGUCGGGUUCAGACAAUUCUCUUCCCAAUCUACUACGCGUUCAACGCAUCAGUUAGUCUUUUGGCGAUACUUGCGUACUUCCGAACGCAAUGUCUCACACAGUUCGUCAACACAUCCUGGUUACAGCUAGCGUUACUGUUAGUUGUAUUCAGUAUAGAAGCCUACGUGCGAUUCCGUCUCGUCGCACCAAUGUUACGUGCCAAACACGUCAAAACUCAGAUGGAAGAAGCCGCUGGCGGUGGACAAGAGGUUGGCCGUCUUCUCCUUGGCGAGCUGGCCCACUGUCCACGCUACGUCCGAGUUCUGAAGACUUUCAGAGCCUAUCACUCAACCAUCACUAUGGGUACUAUGAUUACUUUGGGUUGCUCCUUUUACUCAACAAUGAUCAUCGUUGACUCCAUGUGUCAUUAAGUUAUUUCAAACCUAUUGAGUGACUGUUCAUCGAUAUUAGAGUAACCCACAGACUUAAAACCGUCGGUUAAGGGAACUUCGAUAUAAGACGGAUUUAGGUCAAAUAUUUACCUCCUUUUUUCGUAAAAUAAUUAUACUGUUUUAAGUAAUCUGUUUACCUUUGCAUACAAAUAUUAUUAUUGCUGAGGUGAGCUGAAUUAUUUGUUUUAUGAAUAUGGGGGUAAAAUUUUAUAGUUACAUUGGCAAAUAGGAAAAUAGGUUCCUAAACUGGCAACAUUGUAAUAAAAUGUUUAUAUAGCUGAUUGGCAAAAUAACUGAGAGAGUUUUUAACCUUGUUUCAACAUAAAUUAUAAAUCAAAGGAAUGUCAAACGUGACAGCGUCACUUUGACUUGAAACGUUAACGUCAAAACGGGGGCUUGUUUGAGACGCCAUAACAGUACACUUGGGUAACUGUUUGUAGGAAGUCGAAAACUUUAUUUGUAUGAAAAUGACUUCGGGUCGACAAAUUUUGAUACAAGUUUAGCAUUCGACUUUCUUAAAGCCCCAAGUUUCUUUCAUAUCUCCACAAAUAUAAUAUUGUCAACGCAGCCGAUUUUUUGAUUUUAAACGAUUAUCUUUUUCUUUCCUUAAAUCCAACCUUAUAAUUAUUAAGACGAAGCCAGGGGUGUCUAUAAGAACGUUUCAAACGCAUUAAUGCAACCUACGAGAUUCAGACUGCGAAGUCUGUCAUUCUUAGUAAAUAUUAAAAAAAGGAUUUUAGGAAAUUGAGAGAAUGUGGAUGUAUUGAUUAAUAAAAGUGUAUUCUUGAAUGUUUGAUACUGUUUAUAUUUAUUUGAUAAUGCAAAACAUAUGUAAAUUAAGCCACAUCUUUAUAGUUCAGAAUGGAAUCUUGUAUAUAAACAGUGAGGUUAGAAAUUCAAAUCCUUUUCGAAUAUCACUAAAGCGCUGGUCGCAAAUUAGUAUGCUUAAAUUAAUUUAGAAAAAUAUUUUAAAACUUGUAAUGCAUGCUCAUUACACAGUAAAAUUAGUUUUAUUUAAAAUAAGUUCUCGGCACCUGUAUUCUUGCCAAUAAGUUAUGUUAUUUAAACAUCGUUGCGACAGCCGAAGCUGCUUGAUAGAAUAAUAAUACACUGCCAGAGAAUUAAACUAUAUAAAGUACUAUGAUUAAUAGACACCUAAUUUAUGAAGUUAUGGAUUCAGAAUUAAUAGAAAAAAAUCUAGUCAGCAAUAUUUAUAUUAUUAUGUGAUUGAGAAAUAACAGUAUUAUUGUUAUUGCUUUUAAUUUAAUAUAGUUCAAUGUUGUAGUAUACAUACUGUCAAAGAAACAUUUAAUCUGUUGAAAAUUUUGAUUUCCAUUUUCAAGCUUAUGUCAUACGAAUGAAGGUCAAGCAGCUUAUAAUGCUUAAGCUGUGGCAAAUUUUUGUAUUUUUCCACAUUAUAAUUAAAUACAUGCAAUGUGUGUAAAAUGUAACGUAGAAUUAUUUAAUUGUAAUAUCGAUGAUCUGAAUGUUAAACUAAGUUUUUGUUAUUUAUUCGAGAGAAUGAUGGAAGAGACGUGGAAUAAAUAAUUAUAGUUACAA